UAUGUAAUAUGUAUGUAUAAAUAUUAGAUAGACAUAAGUUUUGUUAAUCAAUUAGUACCAAAAAGUCUUAUGUUUCUUCAAACAUCUUCCUUCUUUUGCCAAACUAAACUAACAAUACUUUCCUACACAACAAAUAAAUGACCAAAAAAACUUGUUUUUUGAUCAUCAUAUACUAGUCUUUCAAAUUCAUCUAAAAUCACAUAAUUAAGCCAAAUAAAAGCCAUGAUUAUGCUGAUUAUCCCUCUUUUAGUGAUACUAAUGAGCACACAAUUAGCUAAUGCUCAAGAUGAACAACAACAUACUCCUACAUCCUCAAAUUUUCAACCAAGUUUAUUUGUAGUAAUUGGAGUACUUUCAUUCAUGUUUUCACUAACAAUAAUACUCCUGAUUUACGCGAAAAUGUGCCAUAGGAGACCUUCAGCAAUCUACAAUGUUAGCCGCAACCAAAAUAGUGAUAACAAUGAAGGAAUGUUUGGGAACAAUACAAGGUUCUCAGGGAUUGAUAAAACUGUAGUGGAAGCACUUCCAUUCUUUAGGUUCUCAUCUCUUAAAGGAUCCAAACAAGGCCUAGAAUGCGCGGUAUGUUUAUCAGAAUUCGAAGAAGUUGAAAUCCUAAGGUUACUUCCAAAAUGCAAGCAUGGAUUUCACAUACAGUGUUUAGACUUAUGGCUUGAGCAUCACUCAACAUGUCCUUUAUGUAGGCAAAAGGUAAGUAUUGAGGAUUUUUCGACGUUAACCAACUCUACAAGGUUUAUCAUAGGAGGGCUAAAGCCUGAUGAUGCAGGGGAUGACCCUGCAUCAUCAAGUUUCGAGCUUUUCUUAGAGCGCGAAGAUGAAGAACAUAGAGAAAGAUCAUCAAGGUUUUGUAUAGGAGGAAGUUUUAAGAAAAUACUUAGUGCAAGUGCAAAGAAAGAAGAAGAAGAAAUGGAUAUGAAAGUUGAACAAGGAAAGGUUUUACAUAAGCAUAAUCAUCAGAUUGUUGUAUCUGAUGUCAUGUUUAAAAAUCGUUGGAGUGAUGUUAGUUCAUCAGAUUUAAUGUUCUUGAAUUCUGAAAUGCUUGGUGUUAUGUCAAAUGAACCAUUUUCUUCAUCAAACUUGUUGAAUGAUGCAAAAUCUGUUGAUGAUGAACAUUACAGGAUUAUCAACAUCAAGGAAGAAAUGCAAAAAAAGAUGAUUUUUGAGCAUAAAGUUGGUCAUAUUAAGAGGUGUAAUUCAAAUUCUGAAUUGAAAAUUGAUCUGGGUGUUGGAGAUUCAAGUGAGAUUAACAUGAAUUUGAAUCCUUCAAGAAGAAAUUUUUUAAUCUCAGGUGAAAAAAGAUCAAUGUCAGAGAUUACAGCUUUUUCAAGGUUUAAGGAUUUAAUGAGUGUCAAGAAUAAACUUAGGCAAUGUUUAGCAGAUUCUGAGGUUAAUAAGAGUGAUAAUGAUGAUGAUUAUGCUAGAGAAGAUGUAAUUAAGAGAAGGAAAAAAUGGUUUCCAAUUGCUAAAAGAACAGUUCAAUGGUUUGCAAAUAGAGAAAAAAACAGGUCUCAGCAACAACAGCAGCAAUCUCAGGGCACAAGUCAAACAUUAGAUGUAUAAUUUUUUCUUUUGCGAGUUGGUAUUUGCCGCCCUGUUUUUUCCUACUAACGCCCUGUAUUUUGUAUGGUUUUUUUCUCCAAAAUCUUUUUUUGGGUUUCUUAUCUUUCUUUUUACCCAUAUAUGACUUUUUUUUUUCCACCUUAAAAGUAUAUAAAAGUUUUGUCAUAUGAGCAUAUACUUGAGAGAGAGCAAGAAACUUUACAUUUUUUUUUUGAUUAUGUAACCUUUUCUUUAUGCAAUGUUUUAAUCUCUUUUCAUUUUUUUGCUUUUUCUUUUUGGACUUAGAAAUGUAUAUACAACAAGGUUGAAGUGAUAUAUUUGUAGGAAUAAUUUGGAUUUCAAUUGA